GGGCAGCUCCCAAAAUGACUGGCCACCACAGUUGGGGAUAUGGGCAGGCUGACGGCCCUUCAGAGUGGCACAAGGCUUACCCCAUUGCCCAGGGGAACCGCCAGUCCCCCAUCGACAUCGACUCUGCUCGCGCAGUCUACGACCCCAGCCUGCAGCCCCUGGUCAUCUCCUACGAGUCCUGCACCUCCCUCAGCAUCUCCAACACUGGCCACUCUGUCAUGGUGGAGUUUGAGGACUCUGAUGACAGGACAGCAAUCAGUGGAGGGCCCUUUCAGAAUCCAUUCCGGCUAAAGCAGUUCCACUUCCACUGGGGGACCACCCACAGCCAGGGAUCAGAGCACACCAUUGAUGGAAAACCUUUUCCCUGUGAGCUUCACUUAGUACAUUGGAAUGCCAGAAAAUACGCAACAUUUGGAGAGGCAGCAGCAGCUCCAGAUGGCUUGGCAGUAGUUGGUGUUUUCUUGGAGAUUGGAAAAGAACAUGCCAGUAUGAACAGACUCACUGAUGCUUUAUACAUGGUAAAAUUUAAAGGAACAAAAGCUCAGUUUAGAGGCUUCAACCCUAAAUGCCUCCUGCCUUUGAGUCUAGAUUAUUGGACAUACCUUGGUUCUCUGACAACUCCACCCCUUAAUGAGAGUGUGACAUGGAUAGUGCUGAAAGAACCCAUAAGAAUAUCUGUGAAACAGCUGGAGAAAUUCCGCAUGCUGCUCUUCACCGGUGAGGAGGACCAGAGGAUCCAAAUGGCCAAUAACUUCCGCCCCCCUCAGCCUCUGAAGGGGAGAAUUGUUCGAGCUUCCUUCAAGGCCUGAAGAAAGCUGAUAAUGGUCCUGAGAUAUCCAAGAGCUUCCACGUGUGAGAUACUCUAAACAGAAACUCUGGUCUACAGACCACCUAUGGAACACACAAGACAGGCAUUUUUGUGAACCCUCUGCUUGGAGGGGACAAUCCUCUGGCUUUCUACUUUAUUUGAAGUGCUCAUUCUGUGGAGAAAUGGCAUCUUU